UGAUAGUGGUAAACAGAACAUAGCUUUAUCUGUUGAUGGUUGUUCACCUCGAAAACUUUUUCCUUAUCACAGGUUAAUGCCUUAUAUUAAGCAGAUACCAAUAGGUCAAGUCUACAAUGUCCAUGAAACUCUUUGUGAUGGAAUGGAGGAGAAGGUUCAUGGUUGCUAUAGAGAUCUUGAGGAAACCCUUCUGACGCUGGCACAGUAUUACUUGGACAAUGAUAAGUUGUAUGAUUUGAAAUGGUUUGAUAACAAGCACUAUAAAUUUUAUGUGUCUUUAGGUGGAGAUGGAGCCCCAUGUGGAAAGGAAGACACAGCUUGCGCUUGGCUAGUAGGGGUACUGAACAUUGGCAGAGCUGUUCUAAGCUCAAGCGAGAACUACCUUCUGUUUGGUGCUAAUUGCAGUGAGGACAAUCUUAAAAGGCUAUGCAAGGAGAUAGCAGAUGUUGAAAAGAAGGAAUACAGUCUCAAUCAUAACAACAAAGCUGUUAAWGCCACAUUUACCAUUGCAGAACUCCCCAAUGAUAUGAAAAUGCUUGCAUUUAUAAGUGGGGAGCUCAGUAAUAGUGCAAAAUACUUUUCAUCUUUUGCAGAUGUCACAAAGGAAAAUGGACCUGUACUGAAUGGCACUUUUGGUAAAGACCCUAAAAACACUUGGCGUCCUUGGGUAUACAAAGAAAGACUGAAAGUUGUAAGAAAAGUUGAGRAGAUGAAGCAGAAGCUAUCAAAACUUUCGUCYAAAUCUGUCUUAGCACAGUACAUUAAGACCAUGCGUAUUGACUGCAAUUUGUCAAGACUGUCAAAGAGAAUUAUUAAAUGGUUUGAUGAUACAAAAUCUCAGCAGAAAAAAUUUGACUACAGGUUUACCGGUAAGGACUCGCGUAUGUUUGUACAUAAUUUUAUGUUUUUAGUUGCUUCUGUAGAGAAAUCUGCUAGAAGAGAUUUAGAAAGAGACCCCAAAGCAAUGCAACACCUUCAUGCUUUGKCCUACUUGUGUCUGGUAUUAAGGGAUUGUAUAGCGUUGUUUAGUCGUGUGGAGUUGAGCAGUGAGGAGKUGAGUAAGCUUCAAGAUUUAUGCUACACAUUUUUUAGACUUCAUCUUCUUGUGUUUGGGUUUCAUCCAUCUGUGUGGACCUUGGGGUUCAUAGUACCAGCACAUACUAAAGACAUGAUAAAUAAAUAUCAAAUGAGUUUAGGUCUSAAUUUCAUGGAGGRWAGGGAGGCCAAGCACAUCUCUAUCUCAAGCAUUCUGACCAAGCAUAUAUUCAAGUUGUCAUAUCAAGUUGUCAGUUAUCAAGCAGAAUCGUCGAAAAUGGCAUACGCCCCAACUCGAGACAUGUCCUUUAUAGAAGAGGAGAUCAAAGAAGACACGAGAAGAGCACGGGAAGAGAGGGAGAAAGAGCAGAGGCGUCGGGAAGUAGAAGAAGAAUGUUAG